UUAUGCCACAGCCCAGAGAACAAUUAGAGCUCUCAAGCUGGUGAAGAGCUAUUAUACCUGCUUGGGGCAUUUCUGACUCUCAGUAAUACAGAGAGUUCAUCAGAGGUCUUCACUAGCCCCUCUUCUACAGGAGACAAACACUUAGUCAUGAAUUCAACUGCCUAAAUGUUAUCUGUUUUACACACUGACUAGCUUGUAAUUAGAAAAAUCUCAGUUUAAGUCCUUUAAACACGUUUGUUUAAAAAAAAAAAAAAAAAACGGAAACAGAAGCACAAUGGAGAACCCAGCAGCUGCAGCAUCCUUUACUUUGUUGGACUAUGUGGUUUUUGUUUUUAUGCUGGUCAUCUCGGCAGGUAUUGGGGUAUAUUACGCCUUCAUCCAGGGAGGACAGCACAGCUCCAGGGACUAUCUGGUGGGUGGUCGGAGUUUGACAGCAGUGCCAGUGGCUCUGUCUUUGACUGCCAGCUUUUUGUCUGCCAUCACGGUGCUGGGCACCCCAGUGGAGGUGUACCUCUAUGGGGCCAGCUUCAUCCUCACGUGCCUCACUUUCGUCUUGAUGGUGGGAAUCAGCUCUGAACUCUUCCUCCCCAUCUUCUACAGACUGGGAAUAACCAGCACCUAUGAGUACCUGGAGAUGCGGUUUGACAAAGCAAUUCGGCUGUUUGGGACAGUGUUGUUCAUAAUUCAGACACUACUGUACACUGGUCUGGUUAUCUAUGCACCAGCUUUGGCUUUAAAUCAAGUCAGUGGCAUACAUCUAUGGGGAGCUGUAAUCUCAACUGGAGUGGUCUGUACUUUCUAUUGCACCUUGGGUGGCCUGAAAGCAGUGGUCUGGACUGACGCAUUCCAGGUGGUCAUCAUGGUGGCUGGGUUUCUGGCCGUCAUUAUCCAGUCUGUGCUGCUACAGGGUGGAGUUUCCAUCAUCAUUAGUGAUUCUGCCCAGGGAGGCCGUCUCAACAUAUGGGACUUUGACCCUAACCCUCUGAGAAGGCACACAUUUUGGACUGUCAUAAUUGGAGGUGCAUUCCUUUGGACCAGUGCUUAUGGUAUUAACCAAACUCAGGUGCAAAGAUACGUAUCCUGCAAGUCCCUGUUCCAUGCAAAAAUGUCACUGUAUGUGAACUUAGUGUCUCUGUGGACCAUCAAUCUGUGUUCAAUAUUUUGCGGACUGUGUUUGUACUCCGUUUAUAAGAACUGCGAUCCAUGGACAGCGAAACGCGUGAAUACUCAAGAUCAGCUCAUGCCUUACCUUGUGCUGGACAUCUUGAGAGCAUAUCCAGGUAUUCCUGGUCUGUUCGUGGCAGCAGUGUACAGUGGCACAUUAAGCACAGUAUCCUCCAGUGUGAAUGCAUUAGCUGCAGUGACAGUUACAGAUCUGAUAAGACCAUAUUUCAGCUUUUCCGAGCAACAGCUCAUCUGGACAUCAAAAGGACUGAGCAUUUUCUAUGGAGCUCUGUGCAUUGGAAUGGCUGGUCUUGCAUCUUUGAUGGGGGGGUUACUACAGGCGGCUAUUAGCAUCUUUGGCACCAUUGGCGGACCUGUCCUUGGCCUUUUUGUUUUAGGCAUCCUGUUUCCCUGUGCAAAUUCAAAAGGAGGCUUGGCUGGGCUGGUCAGUGGACUAGCCAUAUCACUCUGGGUAUGUAUAGGAGCCCAGGUCUAUCACCCCCUACCUGCGAAUACCAGGCCUCUCACUUUGAAAACACAUGGCUGUAACUUCACUAUUGCUGAGGCUGCAUUAACAAACUGGACCAGGUACCCUACACAGGCAAGCUACAUCACCUCAGCCCAGCAGAACAAAGCCCUGGACAGACCUUGGCUGGCUGAUAAUUGGUACUCCCUCUCUUACUUGUAUUUCUGCCCUGUGGGGACCUUAGUUGUCAUAGCUGUGGGGCUGGCAGUGAGUUUGCUUUCAGGGGGUAGAACUCUAAAACUGCAACCAGGGCUGACGGUAGUGAAGGAGGAUUUAACCUGCUACAAACUCUACAAAACUCUAAAACAGAAGGCCACAAGAAACGCAGAUAAAUUUGACCUGGUUGGGAAGUAUGAGAAGAAAUCUGGUAACACCAACAUUGCAUUUUGUGAUGUUGAGUUAGACAUCACAAAAUAUCAGUCCCGUAGAACCCUAACAUAGGACACUUGUUUUGUUUUUACA